AUGGGAUUGUUCAACAGACAGGUUGUGACGGAGACCAAGGUGUUUACCCCUACGACGCCAGUGAAUCUUUCACCGGGAUUGCUAAGCCAAUUGGUUAGUACGAAAGAGACAGACUUUACGAGGCAGCAGUUAAAUGAUAAGUUUUUGGAGGAGAAGGUUUCACAGCGGUUUGCGCAGCGGGAGCAGGAGGUUUUGCGAAAGUUUGAGUUAAAUUUGAAGGAGGCGUUGCUUGCUGAGGAUAACAAGGCUGAGAGGUUGCAGACGUUGUCGUCACAGCAGGUUGGAGCUAAGGUGGUAGAGCUGCAGAAGCGGAUGGAUCAGUUGGAGGGGCAUGGGAAGCAGAAUGAGGCGAGUGCAUUGGCGGAUGCGAGGGAGCAGGUGCGCUCGUGCCUCGCUGUGAACCGGGGCCGCCCCUUGAACUGUUUCGAGGAGAUGGAGGCUUUCAAACGGGCUGCUUUGUGA